AUGGCUAUUUCCUUUCUAGUACUGGAACUGGCAAUCCCAUCAGUGCCAGUAAUUUUUAAUUUAGAAUGCAAAGACUCAUGCACUUCUUGUGGUGGAGUUUGUUUCAAAUAUACUGAUGUUGUUACGCAAGAAGGGGCAAUGUGUAAAGUCAAUUCUAUUGGCUAUUAUAUCAGUCUUUCUGGUACAAAUAUCAAAAUUGAUUUUGCUCAUCCUCUUGAAUCAGCUUUGAAUAUUGCCUCUCUUAAUGCUAAGUCGGAUAAAGGUAUAGUAAUCGAUACAUCUCUCUGGACUUUAAAUACAUGCGCUGUAGGCUCAACAGGCUGCACCAUAGCGACUAGCCUGACUACUGAUCAACUACCAAUUCAGUUUGACUUCCAAUUUAGUCAAGUCUAG